AUGGCUCUGCACAACCUCAACCUCCUCCCUUACUUCCUCCUUCCUCUCAUUUUCCCUCCUCUCCAAUCACAUCCCUCCAGCUCAAGCCCUCACUGCACCUUCAGACAUCUCAGCCCUCAAGGCCUUCAAAGCCUCAAUCAAAGCCUCCUCAAUCCCGCCAUGGUCUUGCUUGGCCUCCUGGGACUUCACCACAGACCCAUGCGCCCUCCCUCGCCGAACCCAAUUCACAUGCGGAUCACCCUUGACCCGGCUGCUUACUCGGGCACACUCACCCCGCUAAUUUCUCAGCUCACCCAACUCUCCACCCUCGACCUCUCUGAAAACUCCUUCUCCGGCCCCAUCCCAUCUUCCAUUUCCUCUCUCUCCAAGCUCCAGAGUUUAACUCUCCGAUCCAACUCGUUCUCUGGCUCUCUCCCUCCCUCCAUAACCAACCUCAAAUCCCUCGAAUCGUUGGACAUUUCGCACAAUUUCCUAUCUGGGUUCCUCCCAAACGCCUUGAAUUCGCUGCCCAAUUUGAGAAGGCUCGAUCUGAGCUUCAACAAGCUAGCUGGAUCACUUCCAAAAUUACCCCCCAACUUGCUGGAGCUCGCUCUAAAGCGCAAUUCUUUAUCCGGGUCGGUUCCAAAAUCAGCUUUUACAGGGUUGACUCAGUUGGAAGUGGUCGAACUCAGUGAAAACUCGUUCUCCGGCACCUUACAAUCCUGGUUCUUUCUCCUCCCCUCGCUCCAACAAGUCGAUUUGGCCAAUAACAGCCUGACAGGUGUCGAGAUCCCGAAGCCCGCGGGUAAUGGCGGAGGCGAGCUCGUGGCCGUCGAUUUGGGAUUUAACAGAAUCGAAGGGUACCCGCCAGUGAAUUUCGCGGGCUAUCCUGUGCUGUCGUCACUGUCGCUUCGUUACAACCGGCUACGUGGCAGGAUCCCAUUGGAGUACGGGCGUAAAAAGUCGUUGAAGAGGUUGUAUUUGGACGGAAACUUCCUGAUUGGACAGCCGCCGGCGGGAUUGGUGACCAACGGUGUCUCCGGUAGCUUAGGGGAUAAUUGUCUGCAAGCGUGCCCAGCUUCUUCAAAUCUGUGCCUGCCUUCGCAGAAAUCAAACGCCAUUUGCAAGCAAGCGUAUGGUGGAGGGAAAGGAAAAGGAAAACCGAGGUCUUGA